AUGCCGACACACGAUCAUACGGGCCAAGGCCAGCUAAAUUUCUGGCAAAUUGCCUGGGACAAAGUACCGAUUGAAGCGCGCAACCAGUUGCAACCCUUGAUCACGCCGGAAGGCACGUCUCGUGCUGUCAAUAAAAACGCAGGUAAAACCAACGAAGACAUUGACGACAUCAUCCAGUUUGCUGCGAAACAACAAAAUGAGUAUGAAGCUAAAGAAUGGAAUGUCAAAAUUGGGUCUCAUGAGUGGAAAAUCCGAAACGGCAUGUCCAAAAUCAUGAACUGGGUGCAAAGGUUCAAAGAGCUGGGCGACAUAUUAGUUUCGAUGGAUCCAGUUCAUGCCGCCCCCCCUUGGGCCGCCUUCCGGCUUUUGCUGCAGUUAUCUAUCGCAGCACGUGAGAAAAUGGAAACCACUAUGGCUAUUCUCGAGCUUGUCAGCCGCCUUGUUCACCAUGGGAGAGUCUUUGAAGAAGUGUACGACAGGGCCAAAGUCGAAGGUUCUGUCGGCCGGCAGGCUCAAAGCAACUUCCAUGGAAGCUUGGUUGACGUUUACGUGCAAAUUCUGCAGAGCUAG